AUGAUAACCCAAUUCGCCUUGGUAGACUUGCGGAUUAAUAAGUUUCUUGGCUCGUUCGGUCGACAGACAGUUAUCUUUAGUCCUGAAUCCACUAUAGGUAAAAUAUCACCUGACGGAACUUACUGCCUUGUCAGACUACCGUGGUCAAGAAAUCGAAGAAUAUAUAUUCUGAAGCUGUACAACUUACGGAAUAGUGAACUGGUUUCUGAACUUCCGUUAUCUAACUCGUCCAAUUGUGAUGAUUCAGCAUCAAAUGGCUCCCGUUUGCCUUUAGCUCCUUAUCAAGAGCAUAAUAGGCAAUCUAAUACUCGAACUCCAUUUGAUAAUACAUUCUCAACAACUGGUUCAGUAAAUGCAAACUUCAGAGGAAAUAUUCAGAACGAGAAUCAACUGCAACUAGGUCCAGCCCGUUCCUCUCAGGUGCUAUUCGCCUUCGACCCAAGAUUUGUGAAUUCACGCAUAGCAAUCACUAACGUAGACUUUCCACACGGCCUCAACUCUCACAAGUCAUCUUCUAACUGGGUCCCAGGAAUACAGGCCACUUUAAGUUUAGUGAAACUUCCAACAUGGGAAUGCUUGGCUUCAACCAACAAACUUUGCUCGUGGUUGCCAUCAAAUCGUCCUGGAUCUCCCUACGUAAACAGUAGUUCUACGUCUAGAGAAACAACAAGACGAAGACGAUCAUCGGAUGCUAAUCAUAUUAGCGUUCUGCCGAAUUCUAACGCUUUCAGUUAUGCCUUCCCACACAUUAUGAGCGUAUUUUAUUCUAGAGAUGGUUAUUUUUUAUUCACGAUCACUACAGAAUCCCGUAAUUGCCGAUGUUCUGUCAUCGAUAACCACAACUAUUCUACUAGUUCGACACCAUCCGAAACACCUAGUUACAUCGAUGAUAUUUCCAAUCCCCUUAGUUCUUGUCGAUCAUCACCGAAUAGUAACACUGAAAGCGGGCGAAAUCAGCAACGGGUGUUAAGUUCAACUCAGUACGUUGAAUCAAGUUCACGUUACAGCUCUAAGGCGAGCUCUACUUCGCCAAUGUUAGCUCCCACACUUCCUGGUUGUACUACAUUAUGGCUCACCAUAUUUAAUUCCGACACUUUAGAAAGAUUAAGAAUUUUGAGAUUUGACCGAGCAGUAUGUCCUAUUCAUACAUGUCCUACCAAUUACUUACCAGUAAUGAGUCGCUGUGGAUCAAGAAUAGCUUUGAUUACACGACAAGCUGUCGGGAUGUAUAGCAGUGGUAUUAAUCAAAAUACCAAUGUCAAUUCACGUGAAUGUUUGCUUGCCAGCUGUAAAACAAUUCCGGCUUCUUUAAGACAUUCUGUUCCAUCUAUAAGUAUCGAGGCCUGUUAUGAUUCACAUUUGGUUAAUUCUAAAAAUAGUGGUCCAGAAACAGGCAAAGAAAAUUCUGGGAAACGUGUUGAACUCAAGAAACAACAAGCGCUCAGUUCACAACACUACUUUGGGAAUCAGUAUAGUUCACCUGGAAAUCUUGGUGUUGUACCCAUUUGUGCUACUAGUAGUAGUGGAGUUGUCAACAUUGGUACUUCAGUUUCAAAUCCAACAGUUCAAAUUGAUGUACUUCUUGUUUAUCAGCUACCUCCACCACCAAAACUACAGGCGUUAGCAAGACAACGGAUUCGUCAACUUUGCAAAGAUGAACACCUUGAACAGUUGGAUCUCCCACGUAGGGUCAUCAACUACUUACGUUUUGAACCAUCAUACAGUUGUGCCGGAUCAUGCAUUUCUCGAUCGAGCAGUUCCACUCGAACUAUACGAAGUGACAGUUUCGAUAUGUGA